AUGGGUCACCGGUCAAGCGGACAGAGAUCCUUCGCUGGAGCCUCCAGCGACACCUCCGACAUGCGAACUGGAGAAACUCCAGGUCUGCGGGACAGGAGAGAUGUCGUGCGACGUACUGUGUUAGAGUUCUAUGAUCGAGGAGAAUAUGUGACCUGUGAUAAACUGAAGAAUGUUUUAAGAGAUAAAAUCGGGUUUAGAGGGGGGCGAGACUCUAUGUGGAAGGUUUUUAAAAAAUCAAAGCACGGUUUCAUUGAAGGAGCUGAGCUGGUGUUUCAGUCCAAAUGUACAGGUGACUACCACAAGGAAAUGAACCACGAAGUUUUCACAGAAUGGUUUGUAGAUAUGUUGAAACUCUUAGAUGAGGGGUGUAUUGUUGUUAUGGACAAUGCCAGCUAUCACUCAAAACUGAAAGAAAAAAUUCCCUCUUCAAAGACUAAAAAAAAGGACAUUACAGAAUGGCUAACCAGCAAAGGGAUACCUCACAACCCGAGACACACUGUCAGAGAAUUAUUAAACAUCGUCAGAAGUCACAGAAAGGAAUAUAAAAGAUUCGAAAUCGAUGACAUUGCUCUGUGGAUGGGGCAUGAAGUGGUAAGACUUCCACCGUACCAUUGUCAGUACAACCCUAUAGAAUUGAUUUGGUCACAGGUGAAAGGGGAGGUGGCAGAGCAAAACAAAACUUUUAAGAUUAAAGAUGUGAGAAAUUUACUGGAAGAGUCUAUUAAACGUGUUACCGUUGAAGAUUGGAAAAACUGCGUGCGACACAGUGAGAAUAUUCAGAAAGAGGACUUUUUAAAGGAAAUAGGCAUCCGUGAUGACAACUUCCAGCGUAUCGUAGUUGAUCUCCAGAACGACACAACUGACAGCGACAGUACCGAUGACAUUGAUAUGGAGAGCACAGACGGAAUCGAAUUCUAA